AUGCCCUCGUCCAAGCCCCUCAAGAUUAAGCCCUCCGAGGUGGCUGCCGACACGAAGAGGAAGCUCAUCCCCGAAGUCACAAAGCAUUACCGUAACAAAUGGCCCCCUUACUCGUACUUGUAUCCCCAGCCCCUUGUCGACCUCCCCCUACCCCGUGGACCCCACAUGCACCCCGAUCUCCCCAAGUUUCAUAUGGACGUCUAUUCUGGUGACCCGGUCAACAUUGCCAUCAGCUGGGCCGAGUCCCUUGGUGCCGCCGUUCCCUUCAUCUGCUCAGCAAAUGAGAAGCGUCCCGGUGGUGAUUGGGAGACGGGAGUCGUUGGUUACGAGGAGAGGUUGUGUCGCCGGAGCAAUCUGUCGGCGACACUGAGCACACCAGAUCCGGCCACUUAUGUCGACUCUAACUAUCCCAUUCCCAUUGAGGGUGCCAUCUACUCUCCGCAUGUCGGUAGGUUUUCAAGCAUGAGAGACAUGCGACACCACAAACUAAGUUCGAACGAUAUCUCGAUGCCUCCUACGAGGUGGCCUAAACUUACCGAUGGGGGUCGGAAGUACUCAUUCGCGGAAGAGCGACAGCUCGUCAUGAACAAGAUGCGCGCCGCCCUAAGGAUUUGCGCCUAUCAACAAUUCCGCUCUGUCGUUGUGGGCGAUUUCGGUCUUGGGAACGGCUAUAGAAACCCGCCAAGAGAGCUUGCCGAGCUUUGGCGGGAGGUGCUGUUGUGGGACACGGACCUCCGUGGCCAAUUCCUUGCUGUCGUUUUCGUUUUUGAGGACGAAAAGCAAAGCACAGUAAAGCACAUCCUCGACGACAUUGCUAAGAAGAACAAAGGCGGGAGCAGCAGCAGCAGUUCAAAAAGUCGGUCCAAAAGCGGCUCGUCAUCCUCGGGGAGUAGUUCAAGCAGCGGCUCGUCGGGGCAAAAAAGCGACUUUCGUGUCUUCAGCGAAGUAUUCAACGACACGGAAGUCGCCAGAGUGCGCAACCAGAUUGACCCACGGUAUGGCUUUGCGACCAUCAUGGGGGGUGCUUGA